AUGGCAGCUACACUGUUGAUAUUGGGUAUUUUCACAGUGGCACUUCCAGUGGUCGCAAGUGAGCCUUCGACCACCGACCAACUUGGGUGGCAGGGCAGCCCCAAUCGUCGAGGCACCUGGGAUAUUAUCCUUAGUUGUGGAACAACAAUUUUCGCAUGCACGUGGAGUAUUCAGCACUUGAAUGUACCAGCAGCACAGGAUGGCAUCUCUAAAAAGGCUUUGCGAAGUUGCCAGUGGAUGCUCAUCACCGUUUUGUUUCCCGAAUUUAUCAUGGCACAUGCUUUCUUUGAGCUUUUGAUGGCAAUAGAUGCUACAAAAGCUAUUGAAGCAAAGGUUAAUAUAGCAGUGACAUAUCCUCCGUUGAUUAGGAGGCUUUUUCUUCGUCAUACGCAAAACAACGACUCAGAACAUGGCAAGAAUUAUAAAGGACCAGAAUGGACACUCACGCACUCAUACUUUGCCAACAUGGGCGGACUUUCCUUCGAGUAUACAGAUGAGACCGACGAACGGAAAUGCAUUCAAUUUCCUCUCACUGCGUUUCAAUAUGCCGAGCAGCCUGAUGUUUAUGCUACGCCGGAGAUUUACGAAGAUGACAUCAAAGACAAGGGCAAACAGGAUUACUUCGCCAAGGCAAUUGCUAUAGUGCAGAUAUGCUGGUUGAUUCUCUCUCUUAUUACUCGAAAGAUCCGGGGCCUAGCUUUCUCUCAAUUUGAAACGCUUACUCUAGGUCUCGCGGUCUGCGGUGUUGCCAUUUAUAUUACAUACUGGUACAAGCCUCAAGGCGUUGGUGUACCAAUAAAGGUUGCGAAACAAGAAGGCUCCGUGGUUCCCCAAUUUCUCAGAACAUACGACAGCUUUUGGGAUGUCCUUUCAAACUCGAGAGAAAAAAAGAGUUCUGGGCAGGUCAGCCGCAUCAGAAAUGACAACAACUCUGUCGCAAAAUCCAACAAAUGGCACAUGACAAUCAUUGUGUUGGCUGUAUUAUCUGCGGUAUUUGGCUGUAUUCAUAUCAUUGCAUGGAAUUUUGAGUUCCCAUCUGACGUGGAAAAGCUCCUUUGGAGAAUUGCAACUAUUAUGUCGAUUGUAGUCCCUGGACUUGGUUUGACCACUAUUCUGCUAGCUCAAUUUACUGCUCGUGAUGGCGACCCUCGAGAAUUCUUGAUGAAUUGCCUCGAACCUCCGAGGGAAUUUUCAUGGUUCUAUGAUGAUAUCGAUGCCACCUCAAAGGCAAUGACUACCUUGGAAAAUAUUUACAAUAAUCUAAGCUCGGAAGACGACAACGCACAGCGUUUGUACAAAGAUAUUCUCACUACCAACACUGGAUCAUUUGCACCAGAGAUGUUGAAGUUCAUUAAAAAAGAAUCGCCGUUCGAGGAAAGUAAUUCAGUCCAGCUAUCUGAGAAAUUUAUAUCUCAAUUCAGCUUUCUGGUCGAAUUGAUGAAUGACGAAGGGCCAAAAAGCUUGGUCGAUAGCGCAAAGACGAAUGUAUUUCCCCGUCGAGCCGUGAUUCCCAGAUGGGUGAAUAUGUCCAUUCUGUAUACCACCAACUUGAUCUACAUUGUGUCCCGACUUAUGAUCAUGGCAUUGGCUCUUGCGAGCCUUCGAUCUAUGCCAGAAGAGGUGUAUAUCACGACAUGGACAAAAAACCUCCCAGCUAUACAAUAA